CGACAGGACGACCAUCGAUCUGAGUCGGUGGACCUCACGAGCACAAGUAUGCUGCUGUCGCGACGAUGCACGAUCUUUGCGGGGAAGAAGCGCGCAUGCUUCUCGACGGUGAAUAAGAGUAACCCGAAGCUGCCGACGCCGCUCGAUGAACCAUCGUCGGGCCUAGGCCUCGGCACUGCCGUUCUCUUCGGCGGUCUCUUUGCCGCAGGGUACUUUGUCGGUACGUCGAUUGGUGUCUUGCCCAGCUAUGAAUCGAUCAAGCGUCAACUUGGAGUGGCGGGCGAUAAUGUCGAGCUGAACGUACGGUCAAAAGUCUUCUUUGACGUGGCCAUUGACGGCCGCGACGCGGGAAAGAUUGUCAUGGGGCUCUACGACGACGUCCAGCCCAAGACGGUCGCGAACUUCGUCGCGUUGUGCACGGGUGAGAAGAGUCAUCCGAACCAAACAUUGCACUACAAGGGCAGCCCGUUCCAUCGCAUCAUUCCAAACUUCAUGAUCCAAGGCGGGGACUUUACCAACGGCAACGGCACCGGCGGGGUGUCGAUCUACGGCGCGCGUUUUCCCGACGAGAACUUGUCCGUGCCGCAUAUGGGUCCUGGGACGCUCAGCAUGGCGAAUGCAGGCCCCAACACGAAUGGCAGCCAGUUCUUCAUCUGCACGGCCAACACGGAAUGGCUGGACGGCAAGCACGUUGUGUUUGGCAAAGUGAUUGAAGGGAUGGACGUUGUCGAGAAGGUUUCGUCGUAUGGAUCUUCACCCCACGGCCGGCCAUCUGCCGACAUCCGCAUCAAGAACUGCGGCCGCUACGCGGACGGCCAAGAAGGCCAAGGGGACGCGGAAAUCCCUGCCGGCGCCUUGCAAGCAGAUGCCCCGUCGGCAGCAACGUCCGUGGAGGAGAUGCAGGAGCGCCUGGACACCCUCCGCGAAGUCGAGGUCCAAUUCAAGGAGAAGAAGGAAGCGGUCGACCCGACGCUGUACGAGCAAGUCCUGGCCGACAUUGUCGCGGAAAAGGUGCGCUUGAAGAAAGCAUUGAAGGCGGCCAAGUAACCAUGGGAGAAUAAAAGAACGAGUUUAAAAACGUGGUCGCAAUUAAAACCCACCCCCUGUUUGACUGAACGGAAGAAAACAACACAUUAAAGAACAAACUCUUACAUAAAAGACCGCUCGCGUCGGAAAUAAAAGAAUUCGUG